UCGCGCUUAAUGGCAAUGGGCGUAAAUGCUCCUGGGAUUCAACUGUAUGACUGUGCAAAUAUAUUUAGAUGCAAUUGUCCUUACGGACACAUGAGCAUGGCGGUAUAUGUAGUUAGAUUCAAUUACAAUAUGUUCCAAAUGAUAGACGCUACAGUUAUGUUUGAUGCAGAUGAUUAUUUAUGAUUCAGAUUUGUUGUAUUCAUUAUAUUUUUAUGACCAUAUUCAAUAUCAUCAAGCAUUAAGAAAGAUUAGUGACAAUGAUGGAUUCAUCAAAAGACACCGCUGUCGAUAAUUUGAAAAUAACAACAUGUGAAAUGCAUACAUAUGGUACUCCAAUUAAAAUAGUCGAAAAUGGUGUACCGGAUAUACCUGGCAGAACUAUUUUGGAUAAAAUGAAUAAUUUAGAGAACAAAUUUUCUCAUAUUAUAAAGUUUAUGUCAUAUGAGCCUCGUGGACAUCACGCUGUUUCUGUGUUGCGGGUAAAACCUGACAAUCCAAAAGCGGACGUAGCAAUUUUAUUUUAUGAAAAAGAAGGAUGUUUAACCAUGUGUGGCGAAGCAACUCUGGCUUUUGGAAGGUAUUGUAUUGAUAAUGGACUUGUAAAACCAACAGAACCAGAAACCUCUAUAGCGAUACAAUGCCCAUGUGGCUUGGUACCAAUUUCUGUCAAAUACAAAAAUGGAAUAUCAGGAAAUGCAACCUUGCGAAGCGUUCCAUCCUUUGUAUUCGGAACAGAUAUUGAAAUAAAUUUGGACGAAAUUGGAGUUAUAAAUGUGGAUGUCGCUUUUGGAGGAGGCUUCUAUGCCAUCGUAUCAGCAGAGGAUAUUGGUGUAAAUUUUGGUGAUAUAAAAUCGUUGAGAUUGGCGUCUAGGAUCGGGCAUAUGCUCAAUGAAGCGAUUGUAAAAAAGGUGAAGCUGAGCCACCCGGACAAUGAUGGCUUAGCUCUCUUCAUUGGAACUCUGAUUGUCGAUACUUCUGAUUUGUCAACGGAUCGUGUGGUAAAACAAAUGCCCGUAUUCAGAGACAGCGAGGGAAGAGGGCCGUGUGGAUCAGGUACGUCAGCACAUAUCGUCACGCUUCUGGCAAAAGAGAAAUUGACAUUAGGAGAAUCCGUAGUGUUCAACAGUGCCAUGAGUGGCGUUGGAUUCACUGCUAAAGUUAUUGAGGAAACAAAAUGUGGAGAACACCGAGCCUUCACUGUUGAAAUAUCAGGAAAGGGGCAUUAUAUUGGAAAACAAGUAAUGACACUGGAACAAGACGAUGCUCUAAAAAGAGGAUUUAUCGGAAUUUCCUAAUUUGGGAAAAUUAUGGAUAGCUCAUAAAAAAUUUGUAAACACGGUUAUAAAAUGAUUAAAUGGUAAGCAGUGUAAUAAAAUUGCUUUAUUCUUUGCUUAGAAGUUUACUGAAUUAUAUUGAUAUAUUUUUGAUUACAAGAUGCGUCUUUGAGGGGUAUUCGGGAUUUUCAAAGAUUUCGAUUUUAUUGAUUGAUUUUAUUCCAAAACUCAUAUAUUAUUUACUAUUCAUCAAUUCAUAUUAACUAUUGUGUGCGAAUUUAUAUUAUGCAUUCUAAUUACUUCACAGUCUUGUUUCUGUCUGGAAAUUUUAUUUU